UAAACUAUAAGCAUUAUGACGUUAUUUAUUUAUCAUGGUUUUAAAAAGGUUGCAUGCAUUUUGUUGCAUAUGGAUAAUGGUAUUUAUAGCGGGUGAUGAUCAUGCCACACAGAAAGAGACUUGCCAAUCCUGUCACAACCAGCUCUGGCACUUCCAGUGAUCAGCUGCUGCGGUUUAUCUACAGCUAGAAUUUAGUAGCAUGUAUAACUCAAAUCUCUAUCGUAAUAACGCAAGAAGUGGGGGAUAUAGAGGAAAUACAGUAAAUCAAAGGAACAAUAUGACGGACAGCGAGCAGCAAACAAGUGAAUAUGAAUGUAAUAACUCAACCGGAACUCAAAACCCUCAGAAUCAGCCAACACAUGCUGAGGGAUACACCAAGAUACCACCAAAUGAAUCAAGACGGAGCAAACUGCAGAGGAUGGCACAGAAAGAAGAGGAGGAUUUGAGGAGAUUGCGGGAGGAGAAUCGUCCUGGUCCUAUUCAGCUGCCUCCGGAGAGACUGGGUGGCGCAGUAUCACUGGCAGAAGUUAGACAGAGACAGCAGGUGGAAGCACGGCAGUCAAAGCUGACAAAAAAGCUCAGAAAAGAGGAAAUGGAUAGAAUAAAUAGAAAGGCAGAGGAGGAGGAGAUUGAGAAGAUGAAGGCCAUACAGCGAGAGAAGGCUGAAAAACUAGAAAUGAGGAGAAAGCAGGAAGAGAAACAGAGACAGGAGAGGUAUCAGCACGAUAAGCAAAUGAAAACCAAUGAGUUUCUUCAAAGAAUUGAGAGGUCCAGCAGUACCGUUCCUAUGGCAUUGAGCAAUGCCAUACCAGCAUCACCCUGGGUUAAAAGUCAUGAGUACAGGGAUUCCAGAAGAGAGGAGGAGAAUGCAGGCCUGCGUAUGAUGAAAGAGGAGCAGAGGAAAAAGACAGAAAUGUUGGAGGAAAAACAAAAACAACAGGAGGAGGACAGGAAGAGACAGACUGAAGCUGACCAUCGGCGGUAAGGGCGCUUAAUCAUGACAAA